AAGGCUAAUCGUAAUCCUUGUGUGAUCGAUUAUUUGUGGGUUUCCCGUGUGGGUCGAAAGUGGGGUCAGCUCAUUACAAUAGGUAUGCAUAUUUAUAGUAGCCACGGUAGCCACAUGGUGUUACAUUUUUCAAACACGUGUUACGGACAGUCCGUGGCGUGAGUCUGUGGCAUUCGUGGUGACUCUCUCACUCCGGCCAGUUGUGUGUUCGUCUUCCGCACAUGGACUUACCAAACAAAAGAAAGUCUUGGGGUCGAUCUUUUUGUCGUCGAUCGUUACACCGGUGUCUCCUUUGUUGUACCACAUACUGAUAAAGCAAGGACUUGUGAGGGUGAUGUGUACAGUAAACAGUGUCCACAGAAAGUAACUUUGUAGCUGUUGAAGGAAUUCCCAACUUGUAUGAAUUUCAACAUCUGGAAUCAACAAUUGGUAAACCAUGCAUGUCUUCAGUUGAUCCAUGGUUGAUCAUACAACCAGUCCACUUGCAGGAGUUGGUACAUCCACUGGCACGUCUUCAACAAGUUCAAGUACCACAAACUUCCCUUGUUUCUUCCAUCUGAACUACUGUUGAGUGCCAUUGUAGUUUGUACAUGUACAUGUAUACACAUGGUGGUCAGUCUGUUUUUGUUGCUUUAGGCCAAGCUUUUGCCUAGUAUUUUCACUGCUGGCUUGCUGCAUUGCAAAGUUUUUGUGUACAUUGGACGCCGUCAUUCAUUCAACAAGACCAAUGUCUGUGAUUCCUGUUAACAAGGAGGAGCAGAAGCAGAUCAGCUUCAAGACGACUGGUCCAACCCAGGGCCGUAGCGGUCGGUUCAAGCGUAGAUCUCGCUCCCUGUCUCAAUCCUCGACAGACAGUUACAGCUCUGGAUCAUAUAGCGGGAGCUCCUCUGAAGAUGACGAUGUCUCGCCCAGGGAGAAAGUCCAGUAUAACUCAAAGAACUUUAAAGGCUUCUGCGUUAGGAACAUCAAGCAGGCUGCAUUUGGUCGGAGGGAGAUUGAGAUAGCUGAACAGGAAAUGCCAGGGCUGAUGCUGCUACGGAAACGAGCCGAAGGAGAGAAACCACUGAAAGGAUCUAAGAUCAUCGGCUGUACUCACAUCACUGCCCAAGCUGCUGUUCUGAUAGAGACCCUACAUGCCUUGGGAGCCAGCGUGAGAUGGUCGGCCUGUAACAUCUACUCCACCCAGAAUGAGGUAGCAGCAGCCCUGGCUGAGGCGGGCUUUCCAAUCUUUGCCUGGCGUGGCGAGACUGAAGACGACUUCUGGUGGUGCAUUGAGCGCUGCAUCCUGUCGGACGACUGGCAGCCCAACAUGAUUCUUGACGACGGUGGGGAUGCCACCCACAUGAUGCUCAAGAAGUGUCCGGAGACCUUCAAGCUGAUUAAAGGCAUCGUUGAGGAGUCUGUGACCGGCGUGCAUCGCCUCUACCAGCUGUCCAAAUCCAACAAGCUGAGCGUGCCGGCCAUGAACGUCAACGACUCGGUCACCAAGGUGAAAUUCGACAACCUGUACUGCUGCCGCGAGUCAAUCCUGGAUGCCCUGAAGCGUACCACGGACAUCAUGUUUGGCGGCAAGCAGGUGGUCGUGGUCGGGUACGGCGAAGUGGGCAAGGGAUGCUGUGCUGCCCUCAAGGGACUGGGCGCUAUCGUCUACAUCACAGAGAUUGAUCCCAUCUGUGCUCUGCAAGCCUGCAUGGACGGCUUCCGUGUGGUGAAGAUGGACGAGGUGGUUCGCAUUGCGGAUGUAAUCAUCACUGCUUCUGGCAAUAAAACCGUGGUGACACGUCAGCACCUGGACCGUAUGAAGAAUGGCUGCAUCGUGUGCAAUAUGGGACACUCCAACACUGAGAUUGAUGUGGACAGUCUCCGUACCCCUGACUUGACAUGGGAGAAGGUUCGCUCUCAAGUAGACCACAUCAUCUGGCCUGAUGGCAAACGCAUCCUACUACUAGCACAGGGGCGUCUGGUGAAUUGGAGCUGUUCCACUGUUCCUUCCUUUGUGGUAUCCAUCACAGCCACUACCCAGGCCCUGGCACUCAUUGAGCUAUUCAACGCCCCACAGGGACGCUACAAGAAAGAUGUCUACCUACUGCCCAAGAAACUCGAUGAGUACGUGGCCAGUCUGCACCUGCCUGCAUUCGAUGCCCACCUGACUGAACUGACCGAUGACCAGGCCAAGUACAUCGGUCUCAACAAGGCUGGACCAUUCAAGCCCAAUUACUACAGGUAUUAAACUCAUCAUUUCAAGACCGAGCCUGUCAAAGACAGAGAAACAAACAACCUUACCAACAAACUGACGAUAAAAAGAAUCCAGGUAACUAGACUUGACGAGAAAAAAAAUAACAAAAGAAAUAGAAGCAUAUAUACGGAACUGCGUGUAAUUUAUUAAGAAGAAAAAAUAACGAACAGAAUGGAUAAUAAUGAUUAAAUAAUGUGAAUAAUACCAAAUUUGUGAAGAGGAAAAAAACAAUAUAUUUAGUGUAAAAAUGGUGUGUAUAAGAGAGACAAAAAUGCUGGGAAGAUAGAUAUGCUUGUCGGUGAACACCUACGUGAAUUUUGUUUUUUUGGCGGGAUUGUUGUUGGUAGCAAAACAAGAUUGAUUUAGAGUUGAAAAGAGUCAAAAUCUCUCUCGAAAAACAACUAUGAUCGAAAUAGCUCCAUAUUGCUGUUCGUUUCAGGUUGAAUUUAAUACUGACUUAAGACCAGUGAUAGCCACUGAGUUAUUUAGAGACCAAAAAUUCAUUCACUUUGCAAUUUUGAAUUGUUUCGCUGGGCCUUUUUUCCAUGUAUGUAGUGAGCUAGUUUGGGAAAGGUCUUGGAUUUAAUCCACAUGGACAGAAAAUAUCAAAGUCGGAAAUUUUGAAUUGUUUUCGGAUUUCACACAAAAUUCAUUGGGGGCAGUC